AUGAGAAAAAGAGAGAAGGGAGAGAAAAUGAUAUCGGAAAAUCAAAUCAUCCUCUCCAUUUUUCUCUCUUCAUCUCACUCUUUUCCCUUCUUCGCCUCCCUUUCUGAUUCCUCAUCACUUCGUCCUCUACUUCUCCCUUUAUCUCUUCCUCUCUGCAGUUCUCUUUCUUUCUCUUUCUUUCUCAUUUGCCUGAUAUAUGUUGAUGGUGUCGCCUUUCUUCUUGCCUUCUUAUCGCUUUUCUUCUUGCUUUCCUGUCGCCUUUUCCUUGGUUUCAUAUCGGCCUUCUUCCUCUCCAUCUUUCAUCCAGCAUUUUUAAUGAAUUUUAAUCGCCUUUCUUAUGACAUCCUUGUCAUAAAUUUUCUCAUCAUCCUACCGGCUUUUUGUCUUGUUUUUCUUCUUAUUUUCGUGUCACCUUCCUUCUCGUCUUCAUGUUGCUUUUCUCAUGUGUUUAUCAUCUUUCCUCUUGAUUUCUUGCUGCACUUAUUUUUAACUUCUUGUCAUUCUUCUCGCCUUCUUGUCGCUUUUCUUCUUGCUUCCUUUCAUCUCGUUGUUAUUUUCCCACCCUCUUUUUUACUUUUCUCUUCGCCUUAUUGUCACUUUCCUGCUUGUCUUCUUGUCGCCUUUCUCUUUGCCUUGUUUCUUCUUUCUUUCUUAUCUUUUCUUGUCUUAUUAUUGCGUUUUGUCUCUUCUUCGUGUCACCUUCAAUACUCUCCUUCUUGUCGCCUUGCCUUCUACUCGCCUUUUUCUUGUCUCAUUUUUCACACUUACUUUCCUACUUUUCCCUUCGGCUUAUUGUUACUGUCCUUCUUGUUUCCUUUCUCCUUGCCUUAUCUUUCUUGCCUUAUUUUCGCCUUCCUCCUUGUCUUAUAG